UUUACCCCCCAAACAAUUACCUACUUUUCCACCUGUUAUUAUUCAUAGAAAAUAUCAGGUUUUAUUUAUUCAAAACAAAAACAAAAUUAUUUUCAUUUUUCAUUUUUCUUUUUUUUUUCUUUUUAACAUUUUACUUAGGAACCAAUUGGUCAUUUUGAUUUUAUGGAUAAUAGUGAAGAUUCUUCUUUAUCAAAUUUAUCAUUUAUUCAUCGUAAUAGUCGGAUUGGUGUUAUAAGAAGUAAUACGUUUACAACACCAAAUGAUAUUGAUUCAGAUUCUAAUCAAAUAUCUUCUGUUAGUACAACAACAUGUCAAUCAACACCUGAAUUAAAUUCUUCAAAUCAAUCAGUUAUAUCAACUGUUCUUAAUACAAAACAUAAUUCACCAUUAUCAACAAGUGCAAGUAGUUUAACUGGUACAUCAAAUGUUAAUGCAACACCCACGUCUGCUAGAAGUAUUGAUGACAAAAAUGAGGUAUGGAUUUCUUUGUUUUUUUUAUCCUCAUUGCUUCAUAAUG